AACAGAAAAAUAUCUCAAAGCCCACUCUCUCUUUUACUCAAUUCUCAAGUGUUUUGGUUGACGCAGAUUUGAGAGUUUCCGACGCCGGCAUCGGAGGUCGGAAGAGAGAGAUGGUGAGCUCGAAACCGGCGGCGAAUGGAGAGAGUAGUACGCCGUGCGAUUUCUGCAGCGAGCGGACGGCGGUGCUGUACUGUAAGGCGGACUCGGCGAAGCUGUGCUUGUUCUGCGACCAGCACGUGCACGGCGCCAACUCGCUGUCGAAGAAGCACGUGCGCUCUCAGAUCUGCGAGAACUGCGCCUCCGAGCCCGUCGCCGUCCGCUGUUCCACAGACAACUUGGCCCUCUGCCACGACUGCGACUUCGACGCCCACGCCAGCUGCUCCGCCGCCCACCACCGUACCCCCGUCGAAGGCUUCAGCGGCUGUCCCACGCCUCUCAAGCUCGCCGAGCUCUGGGGCGUCGAUCUACACGAGGUUCCGGGUCGGGUCAACGACCCGGACCCGGGCCGCCACAACAGCUGGGGCGAGCUGGAGUCUUCCUGCUGGAACGGGCUGAACUUCCAGGACCUGAUCGUGCCGAGCAACAGAGGCGUGUACCGGAACUCCGGAGCUGCGGCGGAGGCUCCUCCUCCGGCGAAGAGGCAGGGCUCCGGGGGGAGCUUGGGGAAGCUUCAGAAGCAGCUGGUGGAGCUGCUCAAGAGGGACUUUGACGGCGGCGGCGGCGGAGAGAAUCGGAGUAGCGAUAAUGGUUGGGAGGGAAAUGAUAAUGGUGAUGAGAGUAAUGCGGAUGUGAAUGUGAAUGCGGAAGGGUUUGAUGUGGAGAAUGGAAGAGUGGAUGGGGUGGAUGUUGGUCCUGCCGCCGCCCUUUCGCAGCCGAUGUUGCAGCAACAAGCGCCGUUCACGUCGAUGCUAAUGAUGGCUGAAGGCAUUGUAGACCGGGAUAUGCUUUGGGAUGCCAAUUCCCAUGGCCACAACACUCAGAACACUCAAAGCACACAGAUAUGGGAUUUUAAUCUAGGAAAGUUGAGGGAUCAUAAUGAAACAAUUCCAUUGGAUGUUUCGUAUGGUUCAGGUGGUUCAGGAUUCAUUAUGCAAAAUUUUAGUGAACUUCUGAAAGAAGCAUCUUUGACUGAUACCAAAGUGUUUGGAAAUAUGUACCAGAUGAAUUGCUCUAUGGGACAGGAGGAUAUCAAAUUCAGUAUCAACUCAAUUAAACCAGCAGUGAGUCAGGGGCCAGCAACAUCUGAGAGCAACAACAUCUCUAUUGGCCGGCCAUCAUCAGGGUCAGCUGUGGAUGAAGACAAAGGCAACAUUGCCACUACGGAACAAGCUUUCCUUAUAAGAAGUGAUAGUCUGCGAACGGUAGGAACAAAAGCUGACAUGGAGUUGCUUGCGCAAAACAGGGGUAAUGCUAUGCUGCGUUACAAAGAGAAGAAGAAAAACCGAAGAUACGACAAGCACAUAAGAUACGAAUCCAGGAAGGCAAGAGCUGAUACUAGGAAGCGAGUCAAGGGUCGAUUUGUUAAGGCCACUGAAGCCCCUGAUGGUUAGAUCGUGUUGGGGUGGGCGGGCUAUCUCCUACCUUGUUGUCUGUAAAUAUCUCUUUUACUUUCUAUGCGAGGCAAAUGUAUAAAUUCUGCAGUAUCUGUUUCAUUAAAAGUCCAUUGUUAUUUGUUUCUUCUA